AUGGCACCUAGAAGGGGCAGUAAGCCCGCCCUUGAUGGCUGCAGGGUUGCACUGAGUGGGACAUUCCAAGGAACGACACAUGCAACGAUCAAGACGAGGGCCGAAGCUCUUGGUGCAACCGUCGGCAGCCGUGUCGCCGACGACACUACACACUUGAUCGCUACCGAAGCAGAUUACGACAAACCGUCGCCCAAAGUCUCGCAGGCGCAAUCGUUAGACAUUCACAUCGUCACUCUCGAUUGGCUCCAGACAUGCGAGACACAAAACGCCAAAGCUACCGAAAAGUAUUUUGUCCCGCAUUGGUCGAGUUCGCAACAAGUCACAGGUUCAUCCCAGUCCCAAACGACACCCCCCCAAACCAACAACACCACUACUGCACGAAGCACACGAUCGCGGAAGCGUGCUCCAUCUCCUGCUGCCAACGAUGCGUCCGGUAGCGAUGCCCCGCCGAAAUCCAAGAAGACGAGGGGACGUAAGACCACCAUGAGUAAAACCGACCCGGCUGAUGAUGAUAGCGACGCGCCCGAUGCGAUCAACGGUGCCACCCAACCGGCCGACGAGAAACAAUCGAAACAAGCAAAAGUGGAGAAAGCUGUAGGGGAAGGACAAGUUGCAAAGAGCAAGGACCUGCACAUACCCCUUGAUGAAGGGUGCCCCUUUUUCACAUCAAAGGUGUACAUCAGCCCGGAAGGGGUUAUCUACGAUGCCUCGCUCAAUCAAACAAAUGCUUCACACAACAACAACAAAUUUUAUCGGAUUCAGCAGUUACUACAAAGUUCUGGUGUCUUUCACACUUGGACAAGAUGGGGUCGUGUCGGGGAGCGCGGCCAAACCGCAUACACGUCCUCGAGCAGCUUGGAUGGUGCAAUGCGGCAAUUUGAGAAAAAAUUCAAGGACAAGUCCAGUCUCGCUUGGAAAGAUCGUGGGAAUCCCCCCAAGCCCGGAAAAUACGCGUUUGUAGAGAAGAACUACGACGAGGACUCGGAUGACGAUGAAGGGGAGGGCGGCGACAACGAAGCCGAACAGAAAAAGGCGUCCACUUGGGAACCGCCCAAAUCUGCGCUUGAGCCAGCCGUACAAACCCUCAUGGAGCUCAUCUUCAACCAACAAUACUUCAACGCUACCAUGUCCUCACUGAAUUAUGACGCUAACAAAUUACCGCUCGGCAAACUCAGCAAGGCGACCAUCACCCGAGGCUUCCAAACGCUUAAAGACCUGUCCGCUCUCAUCGACGAGCCCGGGUUGGCUACCUCCGAGUAUGGCACUUCGUUCCACAACGCUGUGGAGAACCUCUCAAACACUUUUUACUCGGUGAUUCCGCACGCUUUUGGGCGUAACCGGCCUCCCGUCAUCAACACGCACGCCAUGCUCAAGACAGAAAUAGAACUUCUGGAAAGCCUGAGCGAUAUGAAGGAUGCGGCGCUCCUCAUGAAGGUGGACAAGUCUGCUGAGGAUGAAGUCCACCCGCUCGACAGACAUUAUCAGGCGUUGAAGAUGCAGGAAAUGACCCCACUGGACCCAACGAGUAACGAAUACACACAGCUGCAAAACUACCUGGUGGAGAGCCGUGGUUCGACUCACGGACACCAGUACGCGGUUGAGUCUAUUUUCCGCAUCGAACGACAGGGCGAGACCGAGCGAUUCGACGGUAGCUUUGGAAAAAUGAACCAGAACAGGAGACUCUUGUGGCACGGCUCGCGCUGUACGAAUUUCGGUGGCAUUUUGAGCCAGGGCUUGAGAAUUGCACCCCCUGAAGCGCCCGUAUCAGGAUACAUGUUCGGAAAGGGUAUCUACCUAGCGGACAUGGCCUCCAAAUCGGCCAACUACUGUUGCUCGUACAUCUCGGGCGGAACUGCGCUGUUACUGUUGUGUGAAGCAGAGCUCGGCGACCCGAUGCAGGAGCUUGUAAACGCUUCAUACACAGCGGGAGAAGACGCCAAGGGGAAGGGCAUGAUUUCGACUUGGGGUCAAGGUUCCACCGGCCCAAGCCAGUGGAAGGACGCCUCCUGUGUUCACCCUUCUCUCGCGGGCGUGAAGAUGCCCGACACCUCUGUGGUCCCUGGCCCGACAAAUGUGCCGAACGCUGGGCUUUACUACAAUGAGUAUAUUUGCUACGAUGUUUCGCAGGUCCGCUUGCGCUAUCUGCUGCGUGUUCGCAUCAUCAGCGCCAGAGGCAGCACCGGGAACCACCGCCUAUUCAUGAGUACCUCACCCCGACCCCAGAAGCGGACAAACACCUGCGUCACGUGUCGUGCACGCAAGGUCCGAUGCGACGGCCGCCGGGGAAUCUGCACCAACUGUGAGCGCCUCAGCUUCAGCUGCUCCUAUGACGAGAACGUGGGCGUUGAAGUCGUACCCGGGGAAGGUAGCGUGGGCAAUGCCAUCUCAGUCCCUCGACGGCGCGUGCGCCAGGCUUGCCAGAACUGCCACGCCCGGAAGGCCCGUUGCAGCGGGUCGAUGCCGAGCUGUGACCGAUGCCGGGCCCAGCGCUUGGAGUGUGUCUACCGCCCCGGCAAACGGGCACUGCCUCUCCCCCUUCCAACCCCCACGGCCGCUCCCUCGCCCGGGUCGUCCGCCAUGGACCUUGACUCGCACGCAAGUGGAGGGCAGAGCGCACCCCAUCCGGACGACGGCACGUCCAGCAGCAACGCCAGCCCUGCCACCACCUCCCUGGAUCCUACCGAACCCGAUGAGGCGCUCGCCCUCAAGGCCUUUGACCACUUCUUCCGUCACGUCUACCACGUCGCCAUGUUUUCCUUCUUGCACCGCCCAUCCCUCAUGGAGCUCUACCAUGCCGGGUCCCUGGACCGUGCCCUCGUGCUCGCCGUGGUCGGGGUCACUUCGCUGCUAACAGACCUUGGCCCGGGGAUGGUAGACUAUGGCAAUCGGUGCAUUGAUGAGGCCAUGUCCCUCUGCUUAGCCGGCCUCGAGAAGCCAACCAUCUCCCGCCUGCAGGCGCUUGUCCUCGUCAUCAAGCACCGCAUUCUCUCCAAGCGCUUUUCCGGCGCCUUUAUGCUGCAUGCCAUCGCAAGCCGCUUUGCCACAGCCAUGCGGUUGUACCAGGAGAAUACUGAUCUCUGCUUUCUUGCGCGGGAAGCCCGUCGUCGUCUCAUGUGGACCAUCUUCAUGAUCGACGCAUCCAUCUCGAUAGGGCAAGCUGAUGUUGCGCUGUGGUUUGACGCGGAACACCAAAUCCAUCUGCAACUGCCCUGUAAUGAGCGAAAUUUCGAUUUUGACCUUCCAGACCCAACAGAAGGGCUGCGGGGCCCGGGCCCAGAUCCCACCACGGGCAUCAUCCCUCCUAUACCGGAUGUGUUGGGACUCAUGGCCCUGCAUAUACGGCUCUACUGGAUGCGCACACGUAUCCUGCAAUGCGCCUCCAAGAUGACCGCUUCGCCGUCGAGUGAGACGGUCGCUGCGCUACCAGCACAACUGGCCGAGUUCGCCACAGAGCUCGAAGUCUUCGAGGCGAGAUUGCCGGCCUCGUUCCGGGAAAAUGAGGCCAACUUCCGUCUACGCAGUUAUUCCACCCGGCUCAACAUCUUCAUUACCACGCACCUGCUCUGGAGACAGUGUCAUCUCGACUUGUAUCGCCUAUUCCUCCCCGGGCUCAAGGAUGCGCUUUCGCCAACGGCAUUGCAGCAACUAGACCCUCACUUUGUUCUGCACAAGCGCCGCAGCUGCUAUGAGCAUGCUCGCGGCAUGGCCGACAUGUUCUCGCAGUUGCUGAGCUUGAGCAGCACCUGCGCCAGCCCACCAGUAGCCGAUCUCGAUCUGCCAGGCUGCGCAUUCCAAUGCUCCAAGGUACUGUAUCACGGCCUCCAGACCGACAACGCCUAUCUAGGCUUUACCGAGGAGCGCGUACGGGAGCUGGCGAACCUUUGUUUCCGUGCUGCUCGACAGUCGACCCCUGGCCCCGCAUCUACUAGUAUUCAAGCGGAUAUUGAGCGGCUCAUUACCAACGGCCUAUCGUUGCCCGAGGUACCGCUCAACUCCCAGCCGGGUCGUGCUCGUAACCUUGGGCCCGGAACAGGAACACCAUACCUCGCUGCACAAGGUGCGACACUAAGGACGGAACACCCUGGACUCCAACAACUCCUAGGGCCGACCCCCUCGGGUGCGACUCCCGUAGAUCAAGUCAGCGUGGGAUCUAUGCAGAUGCCGCCACCAUCUUCUCUCGGCCCAAUCGCGUCUGCCUUGAACAUCCCCAUGCCAGAGGCAGCGGGGCCGGGUCAGGGAGCGGCCAAUGCAGGUGUUGCACCGUCCCAAGCGAGCGCCAUCACAACCGGGAGCAAUGCCUUUGAAGAGCUGCCCGACGCGCUUAACUUUGGGCCCGAAUUUUUUGGAAUGGAGUCGUGGUCGGCCUUGUCGCACGGCUGGGCUGAUAUCGGGCACUUUACCGGUACUGGCAUGUCAUGA